UUGUGGGUCUUUCCAAACAUAAUAUUCACUCAGGGGGCAAAAUAUAAUCUUAAAUCUUAUCUUUCUAUUUAAGAUGCCAAAUCUUUUCCUUUUUCUCCAUUUAUUUCCUCUUUCUACCUUAUUCUGCACUUCUUCCUGUUUAGCCUAAUCAGAAUAGAGCCAAUAGGGAAACACAUAACACAGUCUUUUUUCUCGAAUCAUUUUUUUGAAUUGGGAAAAGAAGAACAGGAAGAAGACGAAGACGAUGGUCUCCUCCACGGUUGAAUUGCUGAGGCAGGAGCUUCCCGUUCAGCAAGACUCUUUGCUUCUCAAUGGUGAUGUUAAGACUGGCCUUGUUCUUGUCGAUAUCGUUAAUGGCUUCUGUACUGUCGGCGCUGGCAAUUUGGCGCCUAAACAACCUGACAGACUAAUAUCUACAAUGGUAGAGGAAUCAGCGAGGCUCGCAAGAACAUUCUGUGACAGUAAAUGGCCAGUUUUUGCUUUUCUUGAUACACAUCAUCCUGAUAUUCCGGAACCUCCUUUCCCUCCUCACUGUCUUGCUGGAACUGAUGAAGCAAGACUUGUUCCUGAAUUGCAGUGGUUGGAGAACGAAGCUAAUGUUACUCUUAGAUGCAAGGAUUGCAUUGAUGGUUUUCUUGGUUCAAUUGAGAAAGAUGGUUCCAAUUUGUUUGUAGAUUGGAUUAGAAAUAAUCAGAUCAAAGUCAUACUGGUAAUAGGGAUAUGCACGGAUAUAUGCGUUUUGGAUUUUGUUAGUUCAGCUCUAUCUGCUAGAAAUCGUGGUCUUCUUGCUCCUCUUGAGGAUGUGAUCGUGUAUUCUCAAGCUUGUGCUACCUAUGACCUUCCUGUGCAUGUUGCCAGAGCUUCCAAAGAUGCUUUUGCGCAUCCACAGGAGCUGAUGCAUCACAUAGGCCUUUACAUGGCCAAAGGAAGGGGAGCCAAGAUAGUAUCGGAGGUGUCUGUUAGUGCACUGCAAUAGCCCCUCCUGAGUGCUGGCGAUGAAGAUUUUCUGAUACGGGAAGACUUAAUUAUAAAUAGAUGUUCUGCAAGUGAUCUUUUAGUUAAUCUAUGUAAUUCCUUACAUAAUCUGUAAAUUGCAGCUAGAGUAAGGAAUAUAAUAAGGUGAACUAUCAAAGGUUUUUGAUAGUACUGUAAAGGAAAAUGCUUUAUUUACUCAGCGUUCUCAUGUCAAUAAGGAAUAUAAUAAUAUCAAAGGUUUCUGAUA